ACGCGAGCUUUUCCUCCCUAACUCGCUCCCUCUCCCACCACCUCAUGUUAAGACAUAUAUCCUCCCUUGCCGAAACUGAUAUCACUGCGAAAGCCAGCCCGCGAGCGAGCGACGGAGACUGAAAGUGAGGGAAAGGGAUCUAGGGUUCCUCUUCUCUUCAGCUCUUGGGGCGUGAUCUGGUUGUGGUGCUCGUCCUCUUCCCUCUCGGUGCUGUCCCGUCUCUUGGCCGGUUUGUUCUUCGUGGGAUUCGGCCGAAUGACCGAGCAGGAGAAAUAAGAAGAGCUGACAGUUAACUAAAAAGUGGGUUCCACUGUUUCAAGGAAUAAUUAACCUGACAGUGUGAUGCAUAAACUCAGCCAGAGAUAGCAUGGCUCAACAGAAUCAAGAGAUCACCCCUGUUGAUCCAGCUAACCUACCUCUAAAGCGCAAACGUGGUCGUCCUCGAAAGCAUGAUUAUGAUAAUCCUAGUUGCCAACAACAUCAAAGGCUCGAAGCUGUUCCAGCUCAGGCUUGUCCAAUUGCCGAUUCUGUUCAUCACUCCCAAGUUAUUCCCACACGAGCUAAUUCAACUGUCACUUCAAGCCAUGGACCUAAUGGUCUACUUGGCCAGGCAGUUUGUGGCACUCUGGAUGGAACCUUUGAUGCUGGAUAUCUGCUCACUGUUCGAGUGGCCAAUACUGGAGAUGUCUUGAAGGGCUUGGUGUUUGAUCCCCGUCUCUGUAUUCCUGUUUCAACAGAGAAUGAUAUUGCGCCGUUGCUUGCCCCUGUGGCAACACCAAAUGGAACCUCCUUUUCAGUGGAUGAAACGCUUAGUGAGACACUUGUUUCAGUACCAGUGCAAGCUGUACCUACGUCUUCUGCUGCCCCUUUCAAAACUGUAAAUCAAUCACCUGCAACCUCUAGGCUUCCUCACACUGCUCCUCAGCUGAGUAAAAAUGUUCAAGCUUGUAUUCCCCAGACUUUACCCAAAAGCACAUUGAAUGAUGCCAAUGAGGAACCUGCACCAGCUGCAUCUCAGCAGGUGGUGGUUGACGAUGCGAAAGCUGAGGAUUUUCUGGGCCUAGCUGCUGUUAAUAAAGAAACAUCUCAAAUGAUCUUGGAUGUUCCAUCAGAAGGUCUAAGCAUAAAGGUUAUCGAGUCCCUAGGAGUAGAACAGGGCAUGCACCAGGUCAAAGAAUCGUCUACGAGCAUGGUUGAGGCAUCAGGAGGAAACGAAAAGAUGCAUCAGACCAAAGAAUCACCAGAACGUGUCGAGGCCCACUAUGUUCACUGACAUUUCAAGAUUACUUGAUUGAACAACUGCUAAGAUCCGGAGACAGGUAAUGACCAGUUUGAUUUUGCAGACAAUGUGCAGCAAUUUAUCCAAUAAGAAGGAACACCUGAAUGGCGAACUGAAAUUCCAUGGCUGAUGAACUAAACCAUCUGGCUCUGGCUGUACCUUAAGACUCAACUUCUUAGAUGAAAACCAAUGGGUAGAAUAAGAAAUGGUCCUACUCGUUAGAAAUAAUAACAUAGUGCCUAAGCUCUGGUUGUUGGUCUUGCCUUAUUUUGGUUGUUGUUGUUGCUGGUAGAACUUUGCUGAGCAUGGGGGUGCAAGCCUUCUCUUAAAGCCUACAUAUGUUGAUAUUAGGAUUGGAUGGGCUAGUCUUCCCAAGAAUCAUUCAAGUUUUAAAGAAACAAUUAACCUUGUGAAACUUACAUGUUAUAUAUAUGUUCUAAGGUUUAUUCUUC